AUGAUGUGCAUGAGUGAGUGGUGCGAUGCGGUGUGCGCAGGAGGCAGCGUGACGCCUGGAGUGCGCGGCGUGCGGGGCGGCCGGCGCCAGCGCGCGCGUGAGCAAGUACGGCGGGGAGCUGCCGCGCGGCCGGUUGGAGGCGGUGGCCGCGGCCUGCGCCUGUGGGGGCGCGGGCGCGCGCCCGACGCCGGCACCUUACAUCUGCACUGCUGCGCAACCGCGCCGGCGAGGCCAGGCACCCAAUCAACCUUGCUCGUGCAAGGCCCGACUGACUGGACGACAACGCCCGAACUGCUGGACGACACGCCGCGACGUGGACGACACCGCCCGACGGGUGCUGGACUGACACGCCCCAGAUCGCUGGACGACACAGCCCGACUGUGGACGACACAGACCCGACGUGCUGGAUCGACACAAGCUCCUGAGGUGGACGAACACAGCCGACUGUGGACCGACACACCCGAGCUGUGGACGGACACAGCCGAGCUGUGGACGACACAGCCCGAAGCUGUGGACGAAGGGACGGCGACAAGCCGGCUGGUGGACGACACAGCCCGACUGUGGACGAACACAGCCCGAGCUGUGGACGACACAGCCCGACUCGUGGACGACACAGCCCGACGUGGACGACUCAGCUCCGACUGUGGACGACACAGCCCGACUGUGGACGACACAGCCCGACUGUGGACGACACAGCCCGCUGUGGACGACACAGCCCGACUGUGGACGACACAGCCCGACUGUGGGGACGACACAGCCCCGACUGUGGACGACCACAGCGCCGACCUGUGGAACGACACAGCCCCGACUGGUGGACGACAACAGCCCCCGACUGUGUGA